AUGGAAACCACCAAUUCUUCAUCGGUGACAGAGUUUAUACUCUCCACUUUUGCCGAUCUCCAAAGUUACUGGCUUUGGCUCUUUGUGGGGUUUUUGGUCAUUUUGAUCAUUACUAUAACUGGAAACUUGGCAAUCAUUGUGUUGAGCCUUUAUGACUCUCAACUACAUGGCCCAAUGUACUUUUUCCUGGCCAACCUAUCAUUCAUCGACAUCUGCCUGUCCUUGGUGACUGUUCCCCAAAUGUUGAAGAAUUUCUUGUUGGAUCUUCAGAGAAGAGUCAUAUUGUUUGGCGGAUGUAUGGCCCAAAUCUUCUUCUUUUUGACAUUUGCCAAUGUUGAGGACUUCUUGCUUGCUGUCAUGGCUUACGAUCGAUACAUGGCCAUUUGUCACCCUCUCCACUAUGUGAUAGUAAUGAAAAGGAGACUGUGUGCUCAGCUUGUUGCCUUUUGCUGGGUACUGUCUAUAGCAAAUGCCAUUCUACAUACCACCUUGACAGCGAGGUUGUCGUACUGCAAAUCCAAUUACAUCGACCAUUACUUGUGUGACAUGGUGCCUCUCUUCAAGAUCUCCUGUUCAGACACAAUUAUUAAUCAAAUGGUCAUCUUCACGGAAGGGUUGAUUGUGGUGGCCAGUCCCUUUUUGCUCAUUUUGGUCUCCUAUGUCCGCAUCAUUUCUACCAUUCUCAAAAUUCGCUCUGCCAAAGGAAGGAAAAAAGUUUUCUCCACUUGCUCUUCCCAUCUGACUGUGGUGACCUUUUAUUUUGGGACAAUAUUGUUUAUGUACUUUCGCCCUAGAUCUAGCUACUCUUUGAUCAAGGACAGGGUAGCCAGCGUGAUGUACACUAUUUUAGCCCCCAUGUUGAAUCCUUUCAUCUACACUUUGAGGAAUAAGGAUGUUCAACGAGCCUCAAGGAAGCUCUUUGCAAGAAUAGGUUAA